AUGGACGAGACGACGACAACCCCCCAACGACCCUCCUGUCGGGCCGAUACUCCACGUCCAUCUUCUGCUGAUGAGGCCAACAUCACGUCGUCAUCACCCCCAGGGUCUCGUUUCAGACCCCCAAAGCCGAAAGAUGUAGCAGUCUACGAGAAGAAACCCCUGCCGCCCAUUCCGCCAAAGCGGAGGCCAGCAGCCUCUACAUUAAGCCAGAAGGACCCGAACAGCAUAAAGAGCGUUUACACGUUGGCGAAUAUCACAGGAGCCGGUCCUCCUGAGAAGAUCAACAAUCGUCAAAACUUGGGGGACAUCGACUGGGAAAAGGAGGAGGCCGAGAUAAACUCCAUCAUCGCGAAGCAGUUGACCCCCAGGGGCGGAACACCAAUAUCAACGUCAGCGUUUCCGGCACCGCGAACACCCAAGCCUUUACAUAUCUCUCCAGCAGACUCAGAACGCACUCUGAAGUCGAAUUUGUCACAAGAAAUCAUUUCACCGCAACCGCGAUCACCAGUAUCGAAUAUCCUCCAGCUCGGCAGUUUCGGAUCCAACAAGUCGCAUCCAGACUCUCCACCGCUAUCACCUACCGGGCAGAUUCAUAAUCUAAAGGUUAAACAGCUCUCGGGGCCGGUUUCUCUUCCCGAACGAGAAGAUCGUUUCAGCAACAGCGAGAACAACGCCACGGAAAAACAUACGACAGGUUACAUAUCUCCCGUCAGUAGCCGCAGUAGUUUCUACAGCCAAUAUCGAGACAGCACUGUAUCCGAGGCGGGUUCAGCAAGCCUAGCCGGAAGCAGCCCACCUCGCAGGUACGACAGCCCCGUAUUGAAAGAAUACUUCCCCAGGGGAAAACCACAUCCAACUAUCAAGAAUCGACUGAUGGUAAGAAAAGCACCAUCGCCUAUCCCACGACCUUUACAGCCACGUAAGAUCAGAGGCAGUCUCAAAGGAAGAAGCAACAAGACAGCAAGAACCAUGUCGCCAGAUCCCCCAACAGACAGUGAUCACAGCGGCGUCAGCAAUACUGAAGCCCGUGAGCUCUACCACGAGACAACCGCACAAAUUGCUCGUUACACAGCAGCUAGAGGAGGAGGAUCUUGGGCAUAUCCGAAUGCCUUGAGUCAUCCCCCCCACCCAGGAAGCAGUGUUGGGAUCCCAUCAUCUCAGACUGCCGGAGGCCCGGGUCAUGCCCGCUUUCUCGGCGAGGACGGCACGCCACAGACAACUGGUGAUAGUAAAAGGGAAAGUCGGCAGCCACCACCCGUGCGACCGCCGAGGGAGGACGAGCUCCCACUGGCCCUGCCUCGUUGGGACUCGGCGGCUGAUACAUUGGUGACUCCAGAUCUAGAUCGUACGGAGGAAGGGGAACCAAAAGCCCGAUCCAGUUCGCAACUCUCGCAGGUAUCCCAUCAAUCUCACGCAGGCUCUUCUUCACCAUCACCCUUCUUGGCAACAUCUCAAAACGCCGCCCUCAAGACGCGGCCCCGAAACAGGGCGCAAACCAUCAGCGUGAGCACCUUUGGCCACCACAACGAACUGCGCAGGCAAUGGGACUCGGGCUCGCCGCAGCUGGAGAUAGGCGCUCCGCUUCCGCUUGCACUGGAAGAUAACUUGGCUUCGAUUACCAAAUUCGCGAAGCACGGCAGUCAUCACAUCCGUAACCACAGCGACGGCAAUUACAGCCCCGGUGGCGGCGAUGGUGAGAAUCACACAUCUCUAUUUCGACGCUCUUUGGUUUCCAAGGUGUUUAGACGCGUCUCGGGAUCAACACCAGGAGGAGGAGGAGGAGCAUCACCCUCAGUUCCGACACCUACGUCCACACCCGCCACCAUAUCGACGGCCACGGCCACCGAACGGGGCCCCAUACGAUAUCAAACAGCUGCAGAGAGAUACCACGAUCAGAGUUGCAAGACUAUUGCCGCCGUCGGCACAACAUCAUCAGUCCAUCGGCCACGCACAGCCGAUGGCCGCGGCGCUGCGGGGCCAUCGUCCUUCUCUUUUUCGACCGCCCCCUCCACCUCAUCUGCCAUCGGGUUUCUGCUCCCUCAGACUCUGAAGAAGAGCGCGUUGGCGCAGAAGACGAAUGAGCUGUUUGUCGGCGGGCGGUUGGCGCGGAAAACCAAGCCGGGGAGAAAGAGGGAGGAUUUGAAGAAUAGCAUUAGGGUGCUGGGUGAUGGGGCCAGGGUGGAAGCGCCGGUUGAGUUCGUUACGGGGAUGGAUUUGUUGUCGCUGUCGGAGAAGCCGGCGCGGCAAGAGGGACACGAUUGGUUAUGAAGUGAUCUUGUGUGAAGGGUGCAGUAAGGCUGACUUAAGAAUAUGCGAAAGUCAAAGGGUGGCUGGAUCCCAAGUGAUGACGCAUGGAAAUCGAACAAUUAGGGGCCUUCUCCUGUAGAAUAAAUGGCGUUAUUUUGCACAAAUG